GAGAGGGACAGCACCGGGGAAGGGACAGGGGCACCGGGAGCAGGGACAGCACCGGGGAAGGGACAGGGGCACCGGGAGCAGGACAGCACCGGGGAAGGGACCCCGCUCCGGGAGAGGGACAGGGACACCGGGAGCAGGGACAGCGCAGGGGAAAGGACCCCGCUCCGGGAGCGCGGACAGCGGCACCGCACCUGGGGACAGCACCGGGAGCACCGACACCCGCACUUGGGGACAGCACCGGGAGCACCGACACCCGCACCUGGGGACGGCACCGGGGCUCCGGGAGCACCGACACCCGCACCUGCCCAAGCGGGACCGGGGCAGGGACCGGCACGGGCUGAGCGGUGAUGCGCCGGGGGCUCGGGAAGAAAGUUUGGAGCUCGGGGGGAGCGGCCCGCGGGGGUCGCAGCGGGGCCGCUCCUCGCCCACGUCUCCUGUGACGCGCGGCAGCGCCCGCCCGCCCCGGGCCGGGGGGAGCGGCGGAGAGGCGGAGCGGGGCCGCCCGGCCCUGCCCGCACCUGCCCGGGCGCGCAGCGGGCACCGCGCGGGGCCGCGCCGGGCGGGGAUGCGCAGCCCGCGGCGCCAGGAUGCGGGAGGGGAGCGCGGGCGGCCGUGGCGCGGAGAACCGGACGGGCGCCGAGCCGCCGCUGCACCUGUUCCCCGUGCCCGUGCUCACCGGCAUCACCGUCGCCUGCGUCCUGCUCUUCGUCAUCGGGAUCAUCGGCAACCUCAUGACCAUGCUGGUGGUGUCGCGGUUCCGGGACAUGAGGACCACCACCAACUUCUACCUGUCCAGCAUGGCCUUCUCGGACCUGCUCAUCUUCCUCUGCAUGCCCCUGGACCUCUUCCGCCUGUGGCAGUACCGGCCCUGGAACUUCGGGGACCUCCUCUGCAAGCUCUUCCAGUUCAUCAGCGAGAGCUGCACCUACUCCACCAUCCUCAACAUCACAGCACUCAGCGUGGAGCGGUACGUCGCCAUCUGCUUCCCCCUGCGAGCUAAAGUCAUCAUCACCAAGGGGAAGGUCAAGCUGGUCAUCCUCUUCCUCUGGGCCAUCUCCUUCAUCAGCGCCGGCCCCAUCUUCAUCCUGGUGGGGGUCGAGCAUGAGAACGGCACCAACCCCCUGAGCACCAACGAGUGCCGGGCCACGGAGUACGCCAUCCGCUCGGGGCUGCUCACCAUCAUGGUCUGGACCUCCAGCAUCUUCUUCUUCCUGCCCGUCUUCUGCCUGACCGUGCUCUACAGCCUCAUCGGGAGGAAGCUCUGGAGGAGGAAGAGGAAGAACAUCGGUCCAAACACUGCCAUCAGGGAUAAGAACAACAAGCAAACUGUGAAAAUGUUAGUUGUGGUGGUCUUUGCGUUCAUACUCUGCUGGUUGCCUUUUCACGUAGGACGGUACUUGUUUUCCAAGUCCUUCGAAGCUGGAUCCGUGGAGAUAGCAGUGAUCAGCCAGUACUGCAACCUGGUGUCCUUUGUCCUCUUCUACCUUAGCGCGGCCAUCAACCCCAUCCUCUACAACAUCAUGUCCAGGAAGUACCGCGUGGCCGCCUGCCGCCUGUUCGGGCUGCGGGCGCUGCCCAGGAAGAGCCUCUCCAGCAGCAAGCAGGGCAGCUCCCGGGGCUGGACAGAGCCCAGUGUGGCCACAUGACACCGGGAGCCCCGGGCAGCACCCGCCGAGGCCCCGGGACGGCCACCACGGCACGGGGACAGCGCCAGGCACGGCAAGGCCAACGCGGCGAGCGGCGCUGCGGUCGCCACCCGGACGGGCUGAGAUGCAAUGGA